UGCAGUCUGAGUACUUGAUCGCUUCUCUUGCGGUCUUCCUAGUCCACAUCCAAAGUAUCAGUGGCAAGGAGCUUGUCCAAUAAACUUCAAGAACAUAUCACGCCAUCCUGGGCAUCAUCGGAAAUGUCAACUUCCGAAGCUCACAGGACACUGAAGCGCCCCCGUCAUGACGAUAAUGAAUCUAUGUUAGCGGGCAGGGCUUCUGGUGUUCAUCACAAUGGUGCAAAGGUGAAGCGCGAACAAAGUCUGACGCCUCCGCCUCCACAACGGAAGUUGGUCAUGUUCGGGACAAAACGCUUUGCCCCCUUUCCCUUGGACUGUUUGCCUCCGUUCUCUGGGUACAAGCGGAAUCGAAGGAUAUGGGCCAAGAAGUGUCAAAGUGAAAUUGAGGCUCUGAAGCUUCAAACGGAAAAGUUGCUCAUCAGGUAUGUCGAAUUGCAUUGGAUGGACUUGUACUCUGAUCCCUGGCAGAGACGAUGGUGUGAUAGUCGACUGGAAGAGUUCGAUUCCAGUUUGGUCAGACACAUUGCAACCAGCAGAGCUUGAUCUUGCUGCUACGAUCGCACUUGCACAUCAGGCAAAUGCUCAACAGUACAUUUCCCUUCACCACACGCCAGAAGCCCCCUCUCAAUCGGCCGUAUCACUUCCGGUCACUGGUGUCGAUGAUGAUGAUGUUCUUAUAGUGUCCCCACCCACACAAAAACUCCCCAUCCCACCUCGGCCACGGAGAAAUGUAGCAUCGCCAUCUGUAUCAUCCUCUCCCGCGGGAGGCUCCAAAUCUCAGGCACCCCAUAAGCCCGAUCCUCCAUCUGCGGCUGUUCCCGCUCCAUCCAGGCCUCUGAAUGACUUUCCGACGAUCAUGAUAGUACCCGAUGAAGAGGAAAAAAUGUCGAAAAUGACGAUGGAAUAUCUUGAAAGAUACUUCCAAACGUUCGAUUCGGAUCGUGCCAGUCUUGCUUCUGCAUAUUCUAGCAACGCGUGCUUCUCGUAUCGAGAAGUCAAGUGCUUCUCUCCUGGGUUGCCCCACUUGCAACCCUCGUUACCUCCAUCUGACUCUAUCAAGCAUACCCGGCUCGACAUUACCGCAACCCUCCUUUCCCUUCCUCCUUUACAACUCUUGCCGUUGGCUGGAUUAGCAGCAGACAUCGACUACGACAUCAUGUGGCUUGGUUCCCCCAUUGGAAUGUUCGCCAUCUGUGGGGGUGUCCAUCACGGGCAUGCCUCAAAGCGACCGGUGACACAUAGCUUUUUGUUGCGCCAGAAGGAAGUAUAUGAAGAAGAUGCAAGGGCUGACGGCGUGUGGCCACUCGUUGCUGUGGCACAUCAGAUGAUGGUAUUUGAUGGCCCGUAGAUAUAGCUCAUCUUCUAUCAGUGCUUGGUCGUGAACUCGCUCCUGAUUAUGGUUAGAGAUAUAUGAUUAAAUGUAAGUAUCCGAGUCUUCGAUCAGACUAUAACAUAGUUUGAUAUGAUCUUCGCCUCCAUAGCGCCCUAUCGAGAAAAUCUGAAGCGGUUGUCCUCGGAGAAUGACGCUAGCUUGGCACAUGGAUAUAUCCAUUACUCGGCACCUCUGCACAGUUGACGAUAGGGCUAUUUGCAUCCCAUUUUCACAACCAUGGAAAACAUGGAUGCGCGGUAGCACAUAAGAUAUGUACUACAUUCUCCUAAAAUAUGGCCAGCUCGGACUUCGCACUUCGCACAUGCCAUAAGAUAUGUGACGUGUCCGCGAAAAUGAAUACCCUUGAUUGCGCUUAAAA